AUGAGUGACAGAACCAAUGUAGAUGUGAAGGCUUGUCCAGAGACACAUGAAUCAUUCAGAUUCUGUUUGAAGAAAGACAAAGCUAAGAAAAAGAAAUUGAAUGUCAUCUUAUCCAGUGUAGUUAAAGAGCUUGGACCUGGGAAUAAAAAUUCUGGCAAUGGAUUGUUGGAUUCAUUGCUGUCAAUUAUAUCAGCUCAUUACUCUGAAAAUGCUACUGCAAAGAAAAUUCAGCAGAAGAAACAAAAGAAGGAAGAAGUUGAUGGUUCAUUGUUUACACCGAAGGAUAAAAUCCAUUCUUAUCAACUUGGCUCAUCUACAAGCUCAAGUUCAGAAUCCUCAGAGAAUAAGUUUUAUUCCAAAAUCCAAAGAUUACUGACAUCUCAGACUUCAACUCCAAGUCAAACAGCAGGAUGGCAAGUACCUGUUUUGGGAGUAAGUCCGGAUGUGGUACCUGGUUCUGCCCCACUUUGCAAACAGAUGGAUAUCAGAAAGAGUCUUGGCAUCGAUAUGAACGACUCCAUGUUGUCCUGGACAAGUUCAAUGGCAACGCCCACUUUGAUGGAUUCUACAUUCAAAGGUUCUCCAUCCCCUAUGGUUAAACAGCAAAAGGGUUUACCGAGAGUCCUGUUUUCUCCUGGACCAUCACAGACAGAUGAGGAGUUACAUACACUGGAUAAUACAUCAGAGGAUAACACAGAUGAUGAUGAUGAUGAUCUGCCUCCUGUUUCUUCUACAACGAAGAAACCUUCAGUAGUCAAAUUGGUCUCUCCAGAUAUAACAGUAUUUCAAAACAUAAACCAUCAUGAGAUGUUUAACGCAGAUUCUGAAAUCUCUGAACAUUUUUCAGCAGCCAAUUCUGAAAUCAAAUUGAAUGCAAAGUUCAAGUCAUCUCCAAAUUUUGGUAAAAAUGCUUUAAAAGAAAGCACCAGUAUUGUUACCAGUAAUGAUGAAGAAUACAGCAUGCCUUUGUUUUCACAAGAUUUAUAUGUGGAUGGUGAUGCUGAAGACAGUCAGAAGCAAGUUUAUUUGGCAGAAAUCAGUACUCAGCAUGACCAACCAGGAAAUGACAUAUCCAAAACCACAGGAGAGAGCUUAGAGAAAGGUGUGUCUGAGGCUUUGUCGGACUUUUUUGACCCACCAUCAAGUGCAGUUGGUAGAAGAAGAUGUGCUCCUAGGAAAGGCAAGAAAAGAAAACUGGUUGAUAGUUUAAGUUUAGAAGUAUGCAGUGAUAAUGAAUCUAGCAUUAAUGUAACACAAAGUAAAAAAAUGAAAAUGGCUUUGUUAUCUUGUGAAAAUGGAGAAAAUUAUCGAAACAUGGCACAGGUGCAAAACGAAGAAGAUGAGAACAUAACAGAAAAUAAAAUCACGAUAAAAAAUGAAUUUACAGAAGAGAAUACUUAUUCAGCAUCUUUAAAUAGCUGCCAAAGAAAACACUCCAUAAGUCAGGAGGAUGGUAGUUCGGGAAACUGUUCUACUCCAAUCAAUACUCGAAGGACUCUCAAGUCAAUCCUCUCUAGCAAGAAAAAGACAACUGAAGGGUCUGAAGUUAAAAGUAACAAAAAACUGGAUGAUGAAGAGUAUGUGUCACCAGACAUUAUCAUUCAAACUCUGCCCACUGAUGACACAAAUUCUGUUGAGGACUUUGAAAGUGAUAACGAUACUUUUACUCGAAGCAUUUCAAAGCAAGAUUCAGCAUCACAUGAUUUGACAUCAGAAAAUGUGUGUAUAGACAGAUCUCCCAGAAAAGAUUUUGACAUUGAAUUUUGUGAUGAACUUUUCUCUCAAGUGUCCCCGAGUGUUUUGAAUGAAAUGUGUUCUGUUGUCACUUUAGUAGACAAAAGCAGUAAAACACAGAAAUCUAACUUAGAAGCCGGCUCAGAAAAAGCUAAACCUGACCUCAAAUUAAAGGCUGAUGAUAAACCUGUUUCUGUGAAAACUGAAGUUAUGGAGGAUGUUAAAACUGAAGAUAAGGAGGAUGUGACUUUAUCUUUAAUGAAAAUUAAAGAUGAGAAUAGGGUGUAUACGACUUCACCUUUAAUAAAAUCUGAAGAUGAAAACAAGGUUACGCUUCAUGUUGACAAAAAAGAGGACUCAUUACAAAGGAUUGAUCCUGACUAUUCAAGACUUAAGUGUUUGAGAGGAUCCCUCAGUCUGAAAACAAAGCCCAGAAAGUUUCUGUACCCAUCAACAAAUCAGAUCAGUAAGUCGUGUCCUAAAUCUGUUUAUGGAUUUUCUGAACUGUCAGAGAAAAGCAGAAGAUCGACAAUGGAUACAAGACCUUUGGUUGACAGAGAUACACUACAAGGCACUGUGCUUGUCCAAACAUCUGCUACUAAAUCAGCUUUGGAAGAAAGAAGUGAUAAAAGCCAAAAACAGGAAUGGCCUGACCUCCACAGAAAAUCCCAUAAAAAUAUUGGGUUUAAAAGUUUCUCCUCUCUUGCAAACAGUAGAAAGAAUGCUUUGGUGACGGACCAUUCUGAUGUUUGCAAUGAUGAAUAUAUAUCACAACCAGACGUACUGCUCACUAAAGCUGUCCAAGUGGGAAACACAGAAGAAAAACAAAGAAAAGGGCAACCAGAAAAUGGUGAUGUUCAGUCUUCAGAAUGGAAAACACCACUAAUACAUAAAGUGCUGUCUGAUUCUGAAGCUCAUGUAAAGAAAGAUUCAUACAAGUCACAAAGUUCUGAAUCUGAAGAUACUAAAAUCAAAACAGAUAUUUCUGAGAAUAAAAAACAAAUAAGCUGUGAAUGUGUUAAGACAGAAAUGAUUCAAAAACAGAAAGAUUCAAGCCAGAUAAUCCUCAAUGAAAGUAGAAAACAUAAGAUCAACCAUGUAGAAAGUGAAAGUUCAUCACCAAAUAUGCUGCAUCAUACAGUUAAGAAAACAACAGAUGACAGAAAUAUCAGCAAUCUUGAAAAUAGUGAUGGAAAUCAUGAGAUACGAGAAGGAUCCAAGAGUCUUGCUAAAUGUACUGGAUUUUCCUCGGCAAGUGGAAAGGCUAUGACAUUUAGUGAGGAGGGAUUACAUAAAGCCAAACAAUUGUUUAUCUGUGUAGAGUCUGAUACGGGUAUUACAGAUGACUCUCUGGAAAUGGAGAGAUCACUGGAGGACAAAAACAUGUUUAGUGUGAAGGAAAUUCAUAACAAAGACAAGACAAAGCUGCCUAGACGAACAUUUACUAAUUCUGAUGCAGCCAUCAGCUGUCAAGGCAAGACUGCGUCAGCUGUCUCAACACAAAACUCAAAUAUUGCUGGUGUAAAUCAACAAGGAGCAAAAGGGUCUGUUCAAGAUAGUUGUGUUGAUUUAGAAGACAUGCCUGAAAAUGUUUUGAUGUCUGGGAGUUCACCAGAGGUCUCUAAGCUCUCUUCAUUCCAAAAAACUUUCGAUCAUUCAGAAGGAUUUCAAACAAGAAGAAAUGAAAAACUUUUGAAAAAUUCCAAAUUGGAAAUAGCGAUAUCUGUGAUGAAAUUUUCAGAACUACAUUCGGAUUUGAAUGCCAAGAAUGUUGCCGGGAAUUCAGUUAGUUCUGAGGCAGAAUGUAAUUCUGGGAACCAUGAACAAGAAGAUAGAAGUUUUCAUACAUGUCACACUGAUAUCAUUCAUAAAGGAUUCACAACUGCUGCUGGAAAACAUGUACAACUCAGUGAUACAAGUUUAAAGAAGGCAACAGCAUUACUUGAUGAUGUAGACACCAAUUAUCCACCAACCAGCUGGUCAUUUCCAGGGAGCACUGAAGAGGUUAAAGAUUCAUUGAAAGACAUCAGGAAAGUUGUUAAAGAUGAUGAGUCUAUCAAAGAAAAUGUCCAUCUGACCACAGCUGGAAUGGAAAAUAGAGUUGAUAAAGACUCCUUAUCAUGUGGAAAAAGUUCAAAUGAAAAAUCAUUCUGUGAUUCAGGAAAGUUUAAAAGAGCAGGUAUGUCUGGUUGCAAGCCAAAAGUGAGCCAAGUAGGGAGGAAGGGUUCAGAUAUGGAGGAGAGAAAAACACUAGCUGACAGUACCAUAGAGUCAUCUGGCAGACAUCUGAGAUUGAUUUCCGAUGGUGGAAGUAAGUCUGAGCUGAGGAGCGUUGACCCCGUGAAAAAAAAUGCUACACAUAUUUUGACAGAUGAUAAAGAAGUUGAAGUUCAUCUUUCAACAGAAACUUGUUCUGACGAGGAAAUGGUACCAGAGGUGUGUGGUAGACAGAAGGAUGAUGGUAAAUCAGCAGUGGAGUUAAGUACUGUCAGUCAGAAAUUUCAACAUUUCAGGGAUUCAAGUCCGGAAAUACCCAAGGCAUUAUUCAUUGAGAUGGAUAAAGAAAUGGACACCGUAUCAAAAUAUGAAGUGAUGAAUGGAAAGCUUGGAUUUACUGAUAAAGAUGGAGAGAAACACAGAACUAUUGAUUCUGGUGUGAAAAAGAGUGAUUUGCUUGAUGCUGAUACAAGCAAAGGAAUGAAGAGUGGUUUAGAAGACAUUAAUGAAGUGACAAAAAUAAGUACAGCUACUGCUAAGAGGUGGAAACUUAGUGGUUCAAGUUUGAUUAAACCAGUAUUAUUUGUAGGCGACAUGGAGAAAACUGUUACACCAAAGGAUAUAUUAGAUGGAGACUACAGCGAUACUGCUGAGUUAGCAGGCAUAUCCACCAUAAGUGGGUUCGGGGGAUUCAGUACUGCUGGAGGAAAAAAGCUAAAACUUAGUUGUUCAAGCUUGAAAAAGGCAAUGUCGCUAGUUGCAGAUGUUGAUGGAGAUGUUACAGAUUCAUCAAAGAGAGACAUCGGAGAUCCAACAGAUAAAUCUGAUAUCAGCAUUGCUGGUACUGCAACUGGGAGUAAAUCAGAAAUAUUCAGCAGUGCUGGUGAAUUUGGAGGGUUCAGUACUGCUGCUGGAAGGAAGCUGAAACUUAGUGAUGCCAGUUUGAGGAAAGCAAUGUCUCUAGUUGUUGAUGUAGAUUCAGCCAUGACAGAUAAUUCAAACCAAAUAACAGGAGUCCGUGAAUUGGAACGUAGCACUGAUCUCAUAGCAAAUAGAGAUAAAUUAACAGAGGAUAGAAAGGUUAAAGAGCAACGUGGAUUCAGCAUGGCUGGUGGUUUAAAAGGACGCAACACAACUGGUGAGUUAAAAGAAUUCAGCACUGCUGAUGGAUUAGGAGGAUUCAGCACUGCUGAUGGAUUAGGAGGAUUCAGCACUGCUGAUGAAUUAGGAGGAUUCAGCACUGCUGAUGGAUUAGGAGGAUUCAGCACUGCUGAUGGAUUAGGAGGAUUCAGUACUGCUGGUGGAAAGAAACUCAAACUUAGUGAUAGCAGUUUGAGAAAAGCAAUGUCCAUCAUAUCAAACGUAGAUAAUACAGACAAUGGAUCUUUUCAUGAUCAGUAUGAAAAGUCUGGAAGUGACUCCUGCGGAUUUCAAACUGCUGGAGGUAAACAAGUACAGAUCAGUGAAGCUAGUAUUAGUAAAGGUGUGUCUGUGAUACGUAAAGUUGACACAGAGGAAGGAAUAGAAAAUUCUGCAUUAUUUGGUAACAAUAAAGAAUCUGUGGAAGGUCAAAAUAGAAGAGGAGAACUUGUUCACUUUGAGGAAGGAUGUACUUCAACAAUGCUAGACAUCCUAAAUCCUAAAAAAAGGUCAGGAUCCACUAUAAUCAAGGACAAGAGUUUGCAAACAAACAUUAAUAGGAAAAGUUCCUCACGAUUUCCCCCUGGAGCUAACAUUCCAAAAGGGUUCCGACCAUUUAAACCACCAAAAAUCACAAAGAAGCCAAAUAUAGCAAAGUCAAAUGACAGGCAGUGUGUGGAUAUGUCAAACAAGGUCAUAGACAAGACAUUAACUGUUAUUUCAAAAAGUGAUGAUGUACCAUUUAGUUCAUCAGAAGAUAAAUGUGGAGGUAUAUCUGGGACAACUACCUUUGAUACUGAUGCAGGCAAAGACAUUUCACAUCUGUCCAAGAAAGAUGGUGUUGGAAUUCAGAAAAUAAACCUUGGUGCUAUUGAUGGAUGCUGUAGCAGCGUCCUACAAAUAUCACAGGAAAACAAAGUUGAACCUCAGAAAGACAGCAUUUCCACUGUAGGUAAUAGCAGAAACAUUUCACCAGAAUUUAAGGCACAAAAUGCUGAUCAGGACAUUGAUUCAUCAAUAAUGGAUGAAUUAUUUUCAGGGGAGCUUGAAUCAUCUCAACAUUUCAGUCCAGGAUCUGGUAAAGUUUUAAGGUCACAGAAAUAUAGUACAACACCAGAGAACCAAGAUCAGAGACCAGAAGUACUACCUUCAGAAGAAUAUGAACACUUUCUGGACAUGGAGGACAUGGUGAUGUGUGAUAACUCUACAGCACAAGUGAAAACCCAAUUACCUGUAAAGCACACUGUUUUCUCAGUCUUUCAAAGUGCAUCAGGAAAAUGUGUGGGUUUUUCUGAAGAAGCGAAUCAACAGGUAAAACAACCUAAAACAAUAGGUGUGUCUACUGAAACCACUGAGGAACAUUCACAAAAAGAACAUUCUAAACAGCAAACUGGUGAUACAGGAUUCCAAAGUUCCAUAAAAACACACUCUGUUUCUAAAGUGGUUGUGUCAAAUGAAGAAACAGAAACCGAAGAUGUUGACAAAAAUGUGGAUUCUGAAGGACUUAGGUGUGUAGUAAGUAAAGAAUUUACAGCUUCUGAUGAACCUUGGAAAACAACCCAUUUACCACUGUCGUCAAAAUUUACUAAUGAGAGUCAAAAUACGGAACCAAAAAAGGACUUAAUCAAAUCAUUGAAUCAACAAACAGUAGAAUUGGGAGGAUUUCAAAGUGCCUCAGGUAAAAUGGUACACAUAUCAGAAGACGCAUUGAUAAAAGCCAGACAAAGUCUCUAUAACUGGAGUUCUGAGAUCAAUGAAGAAUCGCUACAUGGUGAAACACAAACAGUUAAUGAGGGAUGUGAUGGUCAACAGAUAUUUCCUGAAUUAAAAGGAUUUCAUAGUGCUUCAGGGAAGAAAAUUAGUGUCUCUGAUGACGCAUUAGUAAAAGCUAGACAGAACAUGAGAGAAUGGUCCACAGAUAUAAAUAGUUCAACACCUGGAGACAGGAAAGUGGAUUCAAAGGGAGAUAAAUCUAGUGUGACAACAAGUAACAAAGAUAUUUAUGAGGAUGUGACUUUUUCUGGUGAUAACAGUGAUGUAAAAGAGGGAGAAUGGACUGUUCCAGAAUUUGACAGUUUCCAUCACUUCACAGGAAAAACAAAACCUGCUUUUAAAAAAAUUGUUAGAGAAGAAGAAAAAGAUGUUGGUUCAUGUCUACAAAAUGAUCAUUUUUCUCUUCAAGAAGUAAUGAAUUCUCAAUAUGACUUUUCUCAGGAUGAGUCACACUAUGAUUCCACAAGAGUUGAAGGUGGUGACUCAAUUUCAUCAAAAAUAGAAAUGACAAAUGCUUCGGGACAAAAUGUAAGCAUAUCUGAGAAAGCUCUUGAACAUGCAAGGAAAAUCAUGGAUGAUGUUGGAAAUUCACCAUUCUUGAGUGCGUCAGGGAAAAAAGUGAUUGUAUCAGAAAGUUCUCUUGAACAUGCCAGGAAAAGCAUGGAAGAUGUUGGAAAUUCCCCAUUCUUGAGUGCAUCAGGGAAAAAAAUGAAUGUAUCAGAAAGUUCUCUUGAACAUGCUAGGAAAAGCAUGGAAGAUGUUGGAAAUUCACUAUUCUUGAGUGCAUCUGGGAAAAAAGUGAAUGUAUCAGAAAGUUCUCUUGAACAUGCUAGGAAAAGCAUGGAAGAUGUUCAAAAUAUGCUUUUCCAGAGUGCUUCAGGGAAAAAAGUGAACAUAUCUGAAAAUGCUCUUGAACAUGCAAGGAAUGCCUUGGAAGAUAUUGGAAAUUCACCUUUGUUGGAUACUUCACCGUCUAUAAGAAGCUUGGAAACUAAAUAUAAUUGUGGUAACAGUUCUCUUCAUUCUUUCAAAAAGUCACCCAGUUCUGCACACAGCUCUCCCUUUCAAACUGCUACAGGUAAUAAAAUCACUAUAUCUGAAAGUUCAUUACAGCAUGUUAGAAAAACCAAAGAGGACCAUGAACUUACUUCUUGUAUUGGUGUCAGAAAUGGAAGCUGUGAUAGGUAUCCCAUUUCUGUACAGCAAACUGAAAAAUUGAAUAAAGGACCUAAGUUGAAAUAUCAGUUGAUAAAAGAAGGUCCUACUGUCGAAGGCAAACAGUCUGCCCCUACUGAAAACAAGAUUACGCCUCUUAAGCAGAAGCAGCAUGGAGGCACAACCAGACCUCGUCGACAGGGCACAGAGGGAUCACCAUAUAUGGGACACAGUGACCGACAAGUGUUCAUACAAGGGAUGGAACACAGCUUAGAAGAGUUCUGUCAACCGGAUGAUUUCUUAGAGGAAAUGGAAGUCACUCCAAAACGUAGAAGGGUGGAAGAAAAAGCAGUCACCAGGAGAGCUGGAAUAGUGACACCGAUGAAGUGUGUACCAGAGGCAUUUACUAGAGAUAGACAAGGUACAAGCUGUUCUCUGCGUCCCUACCACAGUACAUCCGCUACCUCCCAGGAGUCAAGGUCAGAUAUAUCAUUAAACAAUGGGCCACAGACCACUCUCAAGUCGUCCUUCUCGACCCCAUACAAAAAACCUGACACCAAUGUAACAGGAACUGACUCCAACCCAGCACCAUCUUCAUCAACACAGACUCCUUGUAAACAAGUGCCAAAGUUUAUACCGAAAUGUCUGUCUGUUCACCGUCCUGAUCUGAUGAAAUCCCAAUCCAUGGCAAGUCCUUCAUUCAGUCAGAAAUGUCCAUCAGAGAUUCAAACAGACACUAAAGAGGAAGAGAAAUCAGUUCAAACAGAUAUGGCAGAAUUGUUAGAGAGAGCAAGAAAACAUCAGACUGAAUUACUGCAGGAUAAGAAGAAAUCCAAAAUCAGUCCUGAUCCUGGACGACUUUACAGUGUGAAGCAAGGCAAUAGGAGACUAAAAAUGAGGGAUGUGAUAAAGCUACACACCAGAUAUGUAGGCAGAUCUCAGCAACACUAUUCAAGUCUGUGGCUUAGAGAUGUUCAGUCUACUACAGCUGUUCAGUACAAGUUUCAUCUGCCAGACUUCUACACAAACUUUCAAGGCUUUGUGUAUGUAGGUGAUGGUGCCUAUCUUGUCCCUGAUGACAAACUUUGCGCUGGCAAGGAUGAGUUUUUUAGGGCAUUCAGCACUCUUGUAGGAGUGGACUGUCGACUGAUCUCUGAUGUUUGGUUCUACAACCACUAUCGAUGGUUAGUGUGGAAACUUGCUGCCUAUGAAGUGACUUCACCUCAAAAUUUUGCUGGAAGAGCUCUUACACCAGAAGUUGUCAUGCUUCAAAUGAAGUACAGAUAUGAUCGUGAAAUUGAUAAUUGUCAAAGGUCAGCCUUAAAGAAGAUCAUGGAGCGAGAUGAUACGGCCAGUAAAAGGAUGGUCUUGUGUGUCUCUAGUAUCAAUCAACUGUCACAGCCUAGUCAACCUGAUAUCUCAUCAAUACAGACCGUCAAGGGAGAUAACACAGUAAAUCAGUCAGUCAAGGGAGACAACACACCAAAUCAAGCAGUCAAGGGAGACAAACAAGCAUUGUCUAUGGACAAGUCAGAAUCACAGACUUGCGUAGAGCUGACAGAUGGUUGGUACAGCAUAGUGGCCAAAUUUGAUGUCCCUCUGACUGACCUGGUCAGUAAACACAGGAUAAAUGUGGGAGACAAACUCUGUAUCAGUGGAGCUGAACUUGUAGGUUCUCAAGAUGCCUGUACACCACUCGAGGCACCAGUCUCCCUGAUGCUGAAACUGAAUGCAAAUUCAACUCGUCCAGCUCCAUGGGAUGCACGGUUGGGAUACCAGAUGGACCCCAGCCCCCUCUGUAUUCCCCUGUCUGGUCUUUAUGGAGAUGGUGGGGCUGUUGGCUGUUUAGAUGUUGUACUUGCUAGGAAAUAUCCCCAAAUGUACAUGGAGAAGCUCAGUGAGGGUGGCUGUGUGUUUAGAACUGGUCAGGCAGAGGAUAGAAUUCAGCAUAAAUACCAGCAACACCGCCAAGAUGAGAUGGAGAAGCUUUAUGCUAAACUACAGAAAGAGUUUGAACUGGAAGAUGUGGAGGAAAAGUGUACAUCUAAUAAGAAGUGGACAAAACGGGAAGUGGAGCUUCUGCAGUCUGGCCAUGAGAUCUAUGAGGCCUUCUCCACUAGUCGACAGCCAGAUAUAAUAGAGGAAUACCUGAGUGACAGACAGCGAGAACUUUUAAUGGAACGACGUCGUCAAAUCCAAGAUGAAAAACGGCAGAAAUUACAUGCAGAAUUUCAGAAAACAUGGCAGACAACUUCAGAAAGGAAUGUCAUACCAUUGAUGAAGAUGAAAUUUGUUGGCUGUUCCAGAAAGGAUAUGGAUUCCAAAGCCUCGACAACCGUGACAGUUUGGCGUCCUACACAAGAUAUGAUGGAGUUGACUGAGGGAACACGUUACAAGAUAUUUGGCUUAAAUGCUAGCUUAUCCAGGUCAAGAUACAAUAAGUGUGAUGUCCAGUUGACAGCUUCCAGACAAACCAGAUUCAAGCCAGUUGCCAUUGAUGAAAAUUUGCUGGACAUGAUCUAUGAACCAAGGGAGGUGUUGUCUGUGCAGGACAUAAAACGUCGCCAGUCCCUGUAUGGUGAAGCUGACUUUGUAGGAAUGGUAGUGUCAGUAUCAACACUGGAUUUUUCAGAAAGCGGUCGACACCAGGAUGUGAUCUACGCUGUGGACGCCAAUAGUGAUAUCCUAGGGAUCAAGUUCUGGGGUGGCUUAAAGAGUUUCUUACCAGAAGACAUCUUAAUUGAAGGUCGACUGUUCUGUGCCAGUAAUCUGAUGGAUAAAUCAGCAUAUCUGUCGUCUGUCCUGCCACUUCUGGACGCCAGCAUGGAGUGUUCAGUCAUCACACAGACCUCUCAGUACCCAGCACAGAGGAGGGCCCUCGAAAGACUAAAAUCUGUAUCAUCGGAUACACAUGGGUUUCUGGAGGCAGCAAAGGAACAUCUGUCAGCCCUUGAGAAGCAGAAGAAAGAAAACACAAAAAAGUUCACACCAGAAAAAAAUCUGAAGAAAAGCAUACCAGACCCCCUGGAUUCCAUUCUGAAAACUUCUGCAGAAGGUACAUCCUCUCAUUCUUUACCAGCGCAAUCUGUUGGGGAGGACAGUAUGCAACCUGGCACCAGUAAACAGGGACAUAUCACAUACCAGGCCAAAAUGGCACGUCUGCUGAACUUUGGGUCACCAACUCCUUUGUCCCCUCUUUUGUCAAAAACCAGUCAAUCUGUCAACAAGACCUUUAAGCCACCAUUAUUGCGUCGAAAAAGCCUGGGACCAAACCAUUGAAAAAGAACAUUAGUAUGUGAACACUUAUUCCCUGUACAUUCUUCGGAAUAAAUUGAUCACCAAGACUUCCAAUAUGUAUGGUGAAAUAAAAGUGAUGGUUCUUUACUGUAAUAUUUGUGAGAAUUUGUAUAGUCUUAUUGCUUUGUGAUAUUUUUCAGAAUAAAAAGCUAUAGUUUGUGGAUGCCAUAACUAGUAACAUGUGAUGUCAUAGUUUUAGACAUUUGAUGACAUAGAGACAUGUGAUGACGUAGUUUGUGACAUGUGAUGGUGUAGUUUGUUAUAUGUGAUGACCUAGUUUGUGACAUGAUGACCUAGUUUGUGACAUGUGAUGACCUAUUUUGUGAUAUGUGAUUACCUAAUUUGUGACGUGAUGACCUAGUUUGUGACAUGUGAUGCUGCUGUUCAUGAUAUCCAAUGUUCUUGAUUAAUGAUCCUUCACUUUAUGAAGUCUGAUAAAGAAA